GAUAAAAAAGAUAAAGAGAUCUGAAAUAUCUAGGCUGACGCUAGUACCUGAGCGACCUGCGAUCUCCACCGCCGCCGCGACGAAUCGGCCUCUGGGCGGGGGCUUUAAGCCAAAAAGAAAAUGGCUCAGCCGGGAACUGAUGCCCAGGCCAUGGAGAAGUCUGUUCAAACUUUACUUGUUCACGCCGGUGAAGAUGACGGUGGCGAGAGUACCAGAAACAGCACCAGACCUCUGUGAACUCCGAGCACCUCAAGCUGCAGGAGCCAGAGCUGCGGACUGUCCGGGUUUUGACGUUUCCUAUUGUUGCCGGAAGUGACGUUCGGAUUCUGGCCCUUAAAGAAAAAGUAUUUUAAUUCCCAUUGUUUAGAUUCGCUACAGAUUCCUUGUUUCUCGCUUCGCAGUCCGAGCUAUUCUAACCAUUUAAAUUAUACUGACUUAUAAUCUGCAAGCUAAUAUCGCACUGGACCUUGAGGAGGCUCUCUGCAGAGUCAAGUCACCUCAGGGUCUGGACGAAUGGACUGUGGAAUCUGCAGCGAGGAAUCCUGGAGCGCCAAGGAGCCCGCCGCUUUGAAGAUCUUGCCGCGGUGCGCGGCGGGCUUGAACUGGCUGUUCGGAUACAAACGGUCGGCGCGAGAAGCGCUCUCGGGCUCAGGAUUUGGCUUUCAGGGACUAUCUGCUGGAGACUAGUUCGGAAAACGGUCUCUGGUUACAGAUGCCCUUUCUCCUCUCCUUGUCGUGCUGGGCUGGCGGUCUUCUUUGCUCGGGGGCUGCCGGGUGAGCCCUAGGGAGCCCUCGAGGCUGCGCCCUAGAUUGGACAGAGGUCGCCUCUCUCUGCUAUCCUCACCAAGGCCCCGGGUGAGGGGCGAAAGACAAGGUAAUAAAUUAGAUUAUCUCAAGGGUUGGAGCUGAAUCUAAUGUUAAAUAAUGGCAACAGGUGACUUAAAAAGAAGUUUACGGAACCUCGAACAAGUGCUUCGCUUAUUAAAUUAUCCUGAAGAAGUAGACUGUGUGGGUUUGAUAAAGGGAGACACAGCAGCAUGUUUGCCCAUCAUCAGCUAUUCUCUUACUUCAUACUCACCUUAUGUAACAGAACUUCUGAUGGAAUCCAACAUAGAGCUAAUUGCAAAGAAUGACUUGCGCUUUAUAGAUACUGUCUAUAAGCUUCUUCGUGAUCAAUUUAAUUAUAAACCAAUUUUGACAAAGAAGCAAUUUAUUCAAUGUGGGUUUGCAGAAUGGAAAAUCCAAAUUAUUUGUGAUAUUUUAAAUUGUGUGAUGAAGAAGCACAAGGAAUUAAGUAGUCUUAACAAGACUCCAUCACAACAAAGAAAGAAAAUCACUUCUGGUAAGUCAGAACCUUGUUCAAGCAGUGAGAAAGUACUUGUAGAACCUGUUGGCAUUGAUGUCACGACUGGCAGGUUUCUGACUUCAGGGAAGAAGAAAGCUGUGGUGAUUCGUCACCUGUAUAAUGAAGAUAAUGUUGACAAUCCUGAAGAGACAUCAAGUUCAGUAACAGAUACUAGUGAAGCAUUUGAUGUGUUGAGCUUAAAGCCUUCUGAAAUAAACAUUCCUGAAGAAAAUGUCCCUGAAAUCAAAGAUGAGCAACAAGAUAUAAAAGUUACUCUUGAGAUUGCUGCACUACAGACCAUGCUUGCUGAAUGCCAAGAGAAACUUGAGAAGUUGACUUGCAUAGAGAAAAGACUAGACUGUUUGGAAGAAAGAAUGAAAGGAAAAUUGAUGGUAGAUGAAACAAUCUGGACUAAUCUUCUAAGUCGUGUCACUCUUCUUGAAACAGAAAUGCUUUUGUCCAAAAAGAAUGACCAUACAGACUUAAAUACAAUGAAUGAAGACUGUGCUUCUGGUAGUGAUGUGGAGCAUCAGACCGUUGAUAGAAAAAACCAAGUGGAGUCAUCAGCAAAUAUUCCUCCGUCUCCUGAUUUUAGUACAGAAUCACCAGAGUCAACUCCCAGAACCUCAACUGUUAUUUACAGUGGUUUAAAAGAGGUUUCAAAGGAAACAACAAUCCAGAAAUUGGAAAGGAUGAAAAAAAUGUUUGAAGAAACAGCAGAGUUACUGAAAUGCUCAAGUCACUAAUUGUAGAAAUUCCCGCACGAACAUCUCUAAAACUAUGACUACUGUACAUGUUGUAUAUUUUAAAAAUUCUCUACAUAAUUUUAAUAUACUGCAAUAUUUUUAUUAAGAAUUUGAAUUCCAUUUGAUAUGAGUUUUUCAUUCAUUAUUGAAUAAAUAUUAUUAUUGAGCUUUGA